AUGGUCUCCUCCAGCCUCCAUGGCAUGCUCGACAUCCAAUCCAUUGCUCCCACGAACCCCGGCCCCACAUACCAAAAGAGUGGCAAGCAGCCUCACAUUGGGAGGCUGCCAGACGUGGAACUCCAACCGAUUGAACCUGGCAAGAGCAGCGACGACGCCUACUUUGACCAAGAACCCAAGACCGGGAUACAGAUACCUAAAACACCCAACACCCUCGAGGCAAGUUGCCCUCCUACGCCUACACAAGAUGAGGCAGUUGGCCUGGUACAGACGUGGAAUAAUCCGCCGAUAAAUAAGUGGAGGAUCCUGUGCUGUUGUCUGAUGUACUUUGGCAACGGACUUAAUGAUGCUGUCGUCGGUGCUUUGAUUCCGUACAUGGAAGCGUACUACCACAAUUCCCACACAAUAAUGUCGCUUGUUUUCGUAGGCAAUGCCGUGGGCUUUAUCGCCGCUGCACCUCUAGCGACAUGGGUACUCUCCAAAAUGGGUAGGGCGAGGGCUUUGAUCUAUUCACAGGCGUUUUUGAUCGCUGCAUAUACCAUGAUUGUCUGCACGCCUCCCUUCCCUGUUGUUAUCGUUGCCUUCUUCUUCAACGGCUACGGUGCAGCCACUAGCCUAGCUCUCAACAACGUCUUCUGCGCAAACAUCCAGCCCUCGAGCGCCGUCUUGGGCUCAGCACACGGUAGCUACGGUAUCGGUGGAACCAUUGCCCCCAUCAUCGGAACGGCGAUGGUCUCGCAAGGCAUUCUCUGGUCACGCUUCCACUUCCUCUUGCUCGGAUUGCAGUUCUGCUGCGUUGGCUUCGCAGCAUGGGCAUUCCACAACUAUGAAGAGGAUUCUUCUGCUACCUUGCUUACGGCUCUUGAGAUCACCGCCAGUCGGCAGGGUCAGUCUCUAUCUAAGAUGAAGGAGCUGAAGCUCGCGCUGCAGAACAAGGUUACCAUCUUCGGGGCUUUAUUCAUCGCUUUCUACCAAGGUGCUGAAGUGUCCGUUAGCUCGUGGAUCAUCUCGUACCUUAUCAACUACCGAGACGGGGACCCAAAGAAGGUCGGGUAUGUCACAGCCGGAUUUUGGGCUGGUAUCACCAUUGGGCGGUUCGUCCUUACUCACGCUGCACCCAGAUUUGGCGAGAAGAACUAUGUCAUCGGCCUUACACUCGGUGCUGUGGCUCUGCAGCUGAUGGCCUGGUUGAUUCCUAAUGUCAUUGGCAACGCUGUGGCUGUUUCGUUGCUGGGCUUGUUGCUCGGACCCGUCUACCCAUGCGCGCAGACAAUCUUCUCGCGCCUCGUGCCUCGCCACCUGCAAACGACAGCUAUUGGCUUCAUCGGCUCUGCGGGCAGUUCAGGAGGUGCAGUUGCUCCCUUCACAACUGGUUUCUUGGCGCAAGCUGUUGGUACGUGGGCAAUCCACCCGGUUGCGCUUGGGUUGUAUGGUGCAAUGCUUUUGUGUUGGUUUGCAUUACCCCGAGUCAACAAGAGGACUGAGUAG